GUCGUAAAAUCUAGAGAUAUUGAAACCUGAUUACCGUAAUAUUCAUCAUUAUGAUGAAACAGAACUUGGGCUUUUAGUAUUUAGCUUUAACAAAUAAUUUCACAGAAUAUUUAAACUACACCUUCAAGAAAAAGGAGAUUUAUACUAGUAGUUCCAAGGCAAUUUUGGUUUAGAAUAAAUUUGCAAAUAGAGAUAGUGAUGAUGAACAUGAACAUGAACAUGAACGGGAGGGAUGAAUGUUAUUAUAAUGUAAGCACAGAAACAUCGUCGUCUCUUACUUCACCAAAAGCUGCGGUUUACUAUGUACAAAGCCCAUCACGUGACUCCCAGGAGGAUGUUGAUAAGUCAUUAUCCUCCAUGCAAAUUACUCCCAGUGAUUCACCAUCACAUUCAUCGAGCUAUGGCAGGCACUCCUCCAGGGACUCCUCCUCUAGCCGUAUUUCAGGGAAUUGGCGAUGGGGAUACAAUCGGAGGAAAGGCUGGCAAGAAUGUCCAAUCAUUGAAGAGGAUCUUGAUUAUGAUCAUAUCAAUCAAGCCUAUUCAAGAACCUGCCUAUUUAUUAUUCUCCUCAUGGGUUUUGGAGUUCUCUUUUGCUUGGUUAUCUGGGGGGCAAGCAAACCUUACCAACCCCACAUUACGAUGAAGGCCUUGAGGGUACAUAACUUCUAUUAUGGACAAGGGGCAGACCGCACAGGUGUUCCAACCAAGUUGCUUACAAUUAAUUGUUCUGUGACCAUGGCCAUACGUAACCCUGCUACAUUUUACGGAAUUCAUGUCAGCUGUAGCCCUGUGAAUCUUUUCUUUUCAGAAAUCACAGUUGCAACUGGCCAGUUAAACAAAUAUUAUCAACCACAAAAGAGCCAGCGGGAUAUGUGUGUGAACCUGGAUGGGCGUAGAGUCCCACUAUAUGGAGCUGGGGUAGCCUUCGUGCAAUUAGAUGGCAGUGACAGGAUUCCACUGAAGUUGGACUUUGAGAUUCUUUCACAGGGAUAUUUAGUUGGCAAGCUGGUGAAGACAAAGCGUCGGAAACACGUCUCUUGUUCCUUGAUACUCAGUUCAAGAAGCAUGAAUGAAAUAAAAUUCAAGCAUGAUUCCUGUUCAUUUGAUUGACUGCUGGUCCAAUAAAAUAGUACGUUAUCAUUUUGCAUUUUUGAGGUUGCAACAUCCACUCCGUUCUCCAAAAUAUGACUACAAAGGCUAUCAUAAUGGUCUAAAGUGGCUAGAUACUAAGACAAUGUUGGUUCUUUACUUCUGAUAUCAAAAGUUCUCUCUCCUUGUUAGUUGCUUCAAGAAUAAUUUUCUUCAAUUUGCUGAGUCUUAUCUAGAAUAAUAAAGUUUCGAAAGCUUGAAGCAACAGGAUAUGGGUAUAUUGAUACAGACACCUUCCUAAGGUGCAACAACGCUGAAAAGUUUGGACAAGAGAGUGUUACUUAGGAAGGAAAAACAAUGUGCUGAAGAGUUCACCCUCAUGUCAUUUUUUGUCGAUUUUGUAGUACUUAGUUAGGAGCUUUCUCCAUUUCUUCUUGUUUUAGUUUUUCUUUUCCCUUUAAGGUAAAUCAUGCAUUCCUUUAUUUUCAACGAGCAAUAUUUAUUGGAACAACUUCUUCACCCAGUUCUGAGAUGUUAUACCACCCUAAUGCUGAUGAAUAACCACAACCUGUUCCCUAUGUUGGGACC